AUGUCAUUGUGUCGGAGUUGCAUCUCCAGAAGAGUUGGGAUGUCAAGGACAUUAUUUCUCAAUACGAGUAUUGCUGAUUCGACAAUACGCUUUCCCUACUUGCACCCAAUCCAGCGUGGGUAUGCGUCGAAGAAGUCGAAUACUCGGUUGAACAAACCGCCAAAGCAGCAGCUUGAUUAUAAACCAUCCAUAAAGACGAUAAGGAAGCCGCCGAUCCCCGAACCUGAGCACGAAGCUCCGAAAGCAAAGCCCAAUCCUCUCAAAUACCGGACUAUCCCUAUUGUCCUUGGAAGCAUAACGCUUUUCUUUCUCUCCGGAUAUUGCGCAUAUAUUUUUGUCGCCGUUAGCAAGCAGCCAGCGAAUGCUGUACCAAAGGAUCCAUCUGCUCAAGCUGAUGUUUCGGACCGGUAUAAUGACAUUGCCAACACCUUCGACGCGGAGGUGGAUUGGAUGGAAAAAGUGAUGGGAAUAGUGAAAAUGCGGAAGAAGCUUGCGGGCCUAGCGAAAGGGGAUGUGUUGGAAGUUAGUAUUGGCACAGGCAGAAACCUGGAGUAUUACGACUUCAAUUUUGGGAGUGGGAAGGGCAAUGUUAAGAGUUUUACGGCCAUUGAUAAGAGUGCGGAGAUGCUUGAGAUUGCACAUGAGAAAUUUGGAACGCUAUACCCUGGGAUUUUGGGCGUGAGAUGGAUCGUGGGAGACGCUUCAGAGCCAGGACAGAUUCCAUCCCCUCCGAAAAGUGCGAAUGAGAGAAGUGGAAACAAAGUGGGUGCGAAGUAUGACACUAUUAUUCAGACAAUGGGAUUGUGCUCUACGGAAGACCCAGUAGAUCUGCUGAAGGCGUUGGGCAAAAUCGUCAAAGAAGAUGAGGGACGCAUAUUACUGCUUGAACAUGGAAGAGGAAAGUGGAAAUGGUUGAACAGCCUACUAGACAAGUCGGCGGAAGCUCAUGCCCAUAAAUUUGGUUGCUGGUGGAAUCGAGAUCUCGUCAAGAUUGUUGAAGAUAGUGGGCUUGAGCUUAUCAAUUUCUCGACAAAGCACGGUGGAACUACGUCCUGGAUUGAGCUGAAGAAGCCGAAGCAACCUGAGCAAGUUAAACCAGAGGAACCAUCUGUAGUGGCACCAAAACCGACCGAGACGAAAAAAGGAUGGUGGUGA